CAUCUGAUUGAGAUGUUCUUCAUCAUGUGUGCUCAGGUACCUGUGCUGCUCGCUGGUCUAAUCCUCUGCACUUGGGGUGCAUUUGCAGAUGGGGCUGGAGUGUCCAUUGUUGGAGGGAAGGAGAUUAAAGCUCACUCCAAACCGUGGAUGGCAUCCAUCCAGGUCAAAGGGAAGCACAUCUGUGGAGGAUUCCUCAUUCAGGACCAGUGGGUUCUUACUGCUGCCCACUGUAAAGGGAUCUGUCAAAGGUUGGAACUUGCGUCUGUCCUCUUGGGCGCUCACUCUCUGAAGAAUGUGAAAAACACAAUUCCUGUGGGAAUCGAGAGCUGUAAAACCCCCCCUACCUUUGACGAGAAAACAAAAGUUGAUGAUAUCAUGUUAAUUAAGCUCAAGGACAAGGUCAAGGUCAAGAAGGAGAAAGUGAAACCAGUGAAACUACCUAAAUCGCAGAAAGAUGUUCCGGCUCACACAAAGUGCCAGGUGAUUGGCUGGGGAUCCACAGACCCAAAAGGCAUAAAGCCCACAGACGUCCUCCAAAGUGUGGAUGUGGACAUCCUAGACCGCGAUUACUGCAACUGCCUCUACAAACUCUAUCCAGUCAUCACAGAAGACAUGCUCUGUGCAGGCAACAAAACGGCACUGCAUGAUACCUGCGCGCUUGACUCUGGAGGCCCCCUAGAAUGUAACAAGAAUGUUGUAGGCCUUGUGUCUGGAUGGGAGGGAUGUGGAGACCCCAAGAAACCUGGGGUGUACACUCGCCUCUCAAAGAAACACAUGUCCUGGAUCAAUAAAAUCAUCAAAGGGCAGUCCAACAGCACCUUUGAGAUAAAUGAUUGAAUUCACAUGAAAUUGUGUAAUGUGAACUAUAUUCUCCAACGACAUCAUAGUGGUCUUUGUAAAAGUUUAGGAAAACAUAAAUGUAAUAUUGACACUGACAGUUGGCAAUUAAAAAACAUACAGGUAUUCUGAGAAAA